AGCCGAGCUGGAGCGGGCAGGCCUAGAAGAAGGAAGAAGCUGUAGGGAACAGUACUUCACAUAUACUCCCUCUGGCCUCGCCAUCUCUAAAGGCUUUUCAUUUGGCGCUAUGAUUGCAUUGGAGGGUGCAUUGAUUACCCACCAUCAGGAAACUGCCAGAGGUUCAGAAACCUGGAGAGAUCAGGCAGCUGGAGAUCGUUAGCUGCCCACAAGAAACUGAAGAGGUUGAUGUCUUGCUUCCCUGUGGCUGGACUAAUCUCCUCUCCUUCGCGUCAUGGUGCGAAACGCUCCUGAUUUACAAACCUCUAAUCCAAGAGACUCUUAAAACAGAAACUGCUCUCUAGAGGAGCAAAGGCAGACAGUGAAAAUAGGUUCCCCAGGCACUUCUCAGUUUGAGAAGGAGCAAGAAGCUGAAAACUAUUCUCUGUGGGCAGAAAAACUCAAAACGAGGAGCAUGGUGGAGUCGCGGGUGAAAAAACUUGCUGUAACGCUGAUGGAUGCCACCACUGAUAAGGAUCCAUUAGUCCAAGAACAGAUCUACAAUGCUCUGUGCUACUUGGGAGACAGUGAGCCUGAAGAGAUCCUAAACUCUUGUGAUGAAUAUCUGCGGCAGCAUGAUAAGCUGGCUUACCCCCUCCGGGUAAUAAUCCUGAAGGCAAUGGAAGCGGUGCUGACGAAUAACAUUGAUUAUCUGGACAAAAGCACGGCCAAGAUAGUUAUCUUUCUGGCAUCCAAUGAAAUGACCAAGUCAAAGGAAAUCAUUUAUGACUGGCAGCAGGCAGCAAGCAAUGUCCUGGUUGCCGCAGGGAGGCGUUUCAUCAACAAAGUGAUGGAGGAGGUCCUGACCAAAUUUCAGCCGGGGAUCCUGCCUCACUAUUUCAUCGUGCAGACUUUCGCAAAUCUCUCUGUGUCAAACGUGUUUGGGAUGGUGCCUUUCUUAAAUUCCAUCCUCGGGACCAUGCUGCCAAUGCUGGGAAUGGCCAAACAGGACCACAUGAAGUGUGUGUUUUGCUAUGCUCUGCAGCAUUUCAGUGAGAGCAUCCAGGAAUACCUGGCAAACUUGGAUAAAGCGCCUGACCCCACCGUAAGGAAAGACACCUUCUCCAAUGAAAUCUUCAACGCCUACGAUGUGCUCUUCAACAUCUGGCUGCAGAGCCGGGAGGCCAAGCUGAGAUUCGCUGUUGUGAAGGCUCUUGGGCCCAUGAGUCACCUGAUGCCCAGCGAAAAACUUGAGGAGCAGCUCCCAAGACUGGUGCCAGGAAUUCUUGCUCUCUACAAGAAGCACGUGGAGGCCUUUUAUGUGACCAAGAGCUUGUGCCAGAUUCUUGAGGCUUCUGUCAACUUUGGUAGCCGCACUCUGGACACGCAGCUUGAUGCCCUUCUGAGCACCCUGCACCCCCAGAUUUGUGCCCCGGUGGAGUCCUCCGUCCCCCUGAGUUUAAAAAACCACAAUGAGGUCCUUCGUUGCUUCACUGUCCUUGCCUGUACAUUUCCUGAUCGCUUGCUUGGCUUCCUACUCCCAAAGCUGGAGAGCCACAACGAGAGGAUACGUGUGGGGACGCUGAUCAUCAUGAGGCAAAUUAUCAACUGUGCCUCCUCUCAGAUGGAGAUUAAAAAGCCCUUUAUUCUUUCUUCUAUGAAACUUCCUCUGCAGGACAACAGUAAUAAGGUGAAACGGGCCGUGGUGCAAGUGAUCAGCGCGAUGGCUCACCAUGGCUAUCUUGAACAGACAGGCGGGGAAGUCAUGAUCGAGUACAUCGUCCACCAGUGUGCCCUUCCUCCUGACACGCAGCCCAGGAAGCAGACGCCGGAAGCUGAUGACUUGACUAGCGACAGCGUCCAGAACAUCAGCAUCAAUACACUCUUUCUCAUCAGCACCACUGUCGACAGGAUGGAUGCGGUUCUCUGGCCGUAUCUCUUGGAGUUUGUGACCCCCAUACAGUUUACCGGUGCCCUGACUCCCCUCUGCAGGAGCCUAAUGCACUUGGCUACGAAGAAACAAGAGGAGGGAGAGAGUGCCUCCCUCAUCCACUACGACACACAUGCAAACCUGCCAUUGCCGUGUGCUCUAAUGGCGAGGCUGCUGAUUGUCUCUUCACAACCCUAUUUAGGGGAUGGCCGGGGGGCAGCUGCUCUGCGACUGCUAAAUGUAUUGCACCUGAAUAUCCAUCCCAUGCUGGGCGAGCUGUGGAAUAAGAAGAUUCCCCCCUUAGUAGAGCACUUGGAAGCAAACACGGAGAAAUCCCUGUCCCCAAAGGAGUGGGAAGACAAACUGCUUUUGUUCCUCCGGGAGACUCUGACGGCGAUUUCUGACAACACCUGGAUUUCUCAGUUCAGCGCGGAAAUGUGCAAGCAGCUGAAUAGCUACAACUGCUUUCCCUCUGAGAAGAACUUCCUGUAUAAGUGCAUUGGGACGGCUCUGGGGGUCUGUUCAAACAAGGAUGUGGUGCAAAAGCAGCUUCAAGAGCUGCUUGAAACAGCCAGGUACCAGGAGGAAGCAGAAAGGGAGGGACUUGCCUCUGGCUUUGGGAUCUGUGCAAUAAACCACCUGGACGAAACCCUGGCCAAGCUAGAAGACUUCGUCAAAUCCGACGUCUUCAAAAAAUCAGUGGGUCUGUUCAGUAUCUUCAAGGACCGCAGCGAUAACGAAGCGGAGAAGAUAAAGAGCACCCUGAUCUUGUGCUAUGGCUACGUAGCUAGGUAUGCCCCUAAAGAGCUCGUGCUGUCCAGAAUCGAAGCCGACAUUCUCAGGAACGUCUUCCAGUACUUUGACACCAGGGUUCUGGGAAUAAAGGUAGAAACCAAGGAUUUGACGCUGAAGCUGUGCCUCAUUCGGAGCAUUUCCAUGAUCAGCCAGGCCAUUUCUGACAGUGCGCAGUCCGAUGCUUUCGUCUUCUCCCGCAAAGCAGAGCUCUUAGCUCAGAUGCUGGAGUUUAUCAAAACAGAACCACUGGAUUUGCUGAGAACUCCUAUUCGCCAGAGAGCCAUGAUCUCCUGCACAUACCUGGUCAUACUGGAGCCUCCACUUAGUGAGCCUGACCACGUCGAACUGAUUGAUACCUGCCUGAGCAGUGUACUGGCCCUUCCUCCACUGGAUGUCCUGAAGGAAAGAGAUGGGCACGUGCCAGAUGCCUUGCAUAAGGAGGUAGAGAAUACCGUGGUGCCCUUUUAUAACCUGGGGGUGCUGGUUGCACUGUUCUCCCCCCGGUGUUCAGACUCCCUUGCCAGCAUUCGCCUGCGUGCUGUGGACUGCGCCUACUAUCUACUCUGCAUACAGCUGUGUUAUGAAGGAUUCGCCCACAAUUACAGAGAUGAGAGGGUUGAGAGGCUUAAAGACCUGAAGAAAGGCCUGGAAGAUCCUGACUUCACCAUUCUCUUCAAUACCUGCUACAACAUUGCCAUGGUGAUUGGGAAGCGCCUCCCCCCUGACCAGCUGAUGAGCCUUCUGCUCAUGAUGUUUGAAGGGCUGGCAGAUCCCGAUCAGAACUGCUCUCGAGCCGCUGCUGUCAUGAUCAACGCCAUCCUGAAGGAGCGUGGAGGGGUGUUACUGGAGAAGGUGCCUGUGAUCAUGGCUCUGAUUCACAGCAAGCUGCAGGAGGUGGAUGAGGAGCACUUAAGGAAGGCAGCUCAGCAGACAGUUUACAUCCUGGCCUCCCAGCAUAGGACGGCGGUUGUGUCCAGCCUGCUGGGUAGCUCCCUGCCCUUUGACAGUCACACCUGUGCCAUGUGGAAGGCGCUGGCCAUGGAGCCAGCCCUCACAUCGCAGAUCUUGGAGCUGCUCCUGGACAAGAUGAAUCGGGAUGUGCCGUACAAAGAGAACAAAUCCUUCCUGUUGGGGAGCACCUCUGAGCGCAUCGCCACUCCCCUCCCUUUUGCUGCCACAUGUGCUCUGCAUGAGAUCAUGUCUGCUCCGGAGUCUGGGGCAGCGGUGCUGGGGCUCUACCCGCACUUGUUUGUGGCUCUCCUGUUGCGAGUCAGCUGCACUGUGGGUGUCCAGCUACCAAAGAACCUGCAGUCCAAGGAGAGGAAGAGUGCCAGCUGGAGCCAAGCGCCCAGAAACCUGGAGCCCUGCAGCUGUGCGGUAGAAGCCCUGAGAGCCAUGCUAACCCAAGGGGGCAGUGACGAGGCAGUGAAGUCCGUGGGGAGUGCGGGAGGCUGGGAGCUGAUGAAGAGCCUGGAGAGGCACCACGAUGGCAUUGCGCUGCUUGCAAGGGCGAUGGCUAAACAUGCGGGCCCAAAGCUCCCUUUGAUUGUGAAGAAUCUCUUCCCGAUGCUCAACAGCAUGUAUGACAGCCAGAGGAUCACCACCACUGCCUUCUUCGCUGAGCUUCUGAACAGCAGCGUGGUGAGUGACCUGAUCCUGCUGGAGUCCAUGAUGGAUAACAUGACGGGCAGGCAGAAGGACCCCUGUACGUUGGUGCGCAUGCUGGCUCUCCGGGGGCUGGGUAACAUCUCCUCCGGGUCGCCGGACAAGGUGAGGAAACACGGGGCCCAGCUCCUGGCUUCCAUGGUCAAUGGCAUGGACGACAAGGAUGAUCCCGACAACCUGGUUGCUCUGGAGGCCAUGUCUAGCCUGUCCAAACUCCUGGACCACGUGGAGGAGAGGGACAUCCACUCCAUGCUUCUCCAUAUUGCUAUCCGCAUCCGCCCCUUCUUUGACAACGAAAACCACCAACUGCGCACGUCUUCCAUCAUUCUGUUUGGGAACCUGACCAAGUUCAGCGCUGGGAAUUGUGAAGACGUCUUUUUUGAGCAGAUCCUGAAUGGGCUGGUGACGCUGCUGCUUCACCUCCAGGAUCCAAAGCCAGAGGUCAUCAAAGCCUGUAAAUUUGCUCUGCGCAUGUGUGGCCCCAACAUGGGCUGUGAAGGGCUCUGUGACAUGUUCCUGAACCACUUGCAUGAAGACCGAAGCCUGCAUUACGGAGAGUUCAUGAACGACGUCUGUAAGCACCUGAUGCAGAACUACCCAGAGAUGCUGAAUCGUUUGAUUUCAACCAACCUCUUCUACUUCAAGAGCAACUGGGUUGACAUUCGAGCUGCAGCACCCAUGUUUAUAGGCUUCCUCGUUCUGCACGUGGAUGAAGAGCACUGUAAGCAGGUGGACCUGGACCAGCUCCUUUCCUCUCUCAAGGUGCUGCUGAAGGACCCGGCUGCCAUCGUCCGCAUGAAGGUGGCUGAGACGCUGGGCCGCCUGGUCCGGGUUGUGUAAGCGGCAGAUGGGAACUGCGGGUGCCCGGGCUCCAUGACAGUGAUCAGGUCGAUGGAUGUUCCUCCCCACAGAGAUGCCACAUCUUCCAAUGCCCAGAACUGGUGCCUUGUGCAGCACCACGCCUGUUGGCUGGAGCAGGGGCCUCGUGCGGCUUCUCUCUUGUGCAAUCUGGGGCACCCGCCCCACAGGACGAGAACUCUGCCCGGCAGCAACAGGAGACUCUGCUGUGGCUGCUGGCUCAACCAUCACUGUCCCCGGCUCUCCGACAGCCUUUCCUGCGAUGUGCACUCACCACGGGCACUCGUCGAGCUAAUGAACUGGGCAAUAGGACAUGGAACUCUUCCGAGGUGUGCAGCGGGGUGGGCCCAACAUAGGAUCCACCCCCAAUGAGGUUUUCUGGGUAACUGCCCUGGCACGAGAGGGGCAGGCACUCAGUGUCAUUGCAUGUUCGAGGGCUGGUCAUCUCACACCGAUCGCUCCCAUCCAGUCACUGGGACAUGUGCCUGUUAUAGUCUGACUCUGGCUAGCACCAACCUGGGUGCUGCACAGCCUGGGGCCAGUGCCCUGUGUGGGGUCUGGGGUUAGAUGGGGCACUCUGCCCUGGUGGGGGUCCCUGCAGGGUCCUGGAUGGCCUCUGAGGGCCUCCCCUCCCCCGGACGUCCUAGGAGGAUGAGGAACCUUGGCCAUCACUGCACAUGCACCUUCCUUCCACUGUUAUUCCACGAGUGAGCCAGCGAGCUGCCCUCAGAGUCUUUGGCACUGCCCGGUGCUUCCCCUGCGCCCCCUGGCACAGCCUGCAGCUGUGUCCGAGGGCAGCAGUGCACUCUGGGUUCUCUGCUGCCUGAGUGGAGCUGUUCCCUCCACAUGAAUAUGUGUAGGAACCAGACUGUAUUUUUUAAUAAAGUUGUUUGCUUCUGGUA